CCGCCGUCGCAGCGCAGCGGCUGUGUGCGUUUCCCCUGCGCGCCCCAACCAGCCGUAAAACCCGCGACACCGCACGGCUCGUUCCCGGCCGCCGCCCGCUCGCACAUCCGCCGCUCAGCACUCACGCGCACCCGCAAAGGCAGCUCUCUCCCGCGAAGAGGCCAUGGCGAAGGAGGACGUGGUCGAGGGGGCUGGCGAGAGGCAGGAGGAGCCGGCGCGUCAGGCGUCGACGUUCGCGGAGCUCGGCAUCUGCGCGGAGCUGGUGGAGGCGUGCGACGCCAUGGGGUGGAAGGAGCCCACAAGGAUCCAGUCAGAGGCCAUCCCCUACGCCCUCCAAGGGAAGGACCUGAUAGCGCUGGCGCAGACAGGGUCGGGGAAGACGGGCGCGUUCGCGCUUCCUAUCCUGCAGGAGCUGCUCGAGAAACGCGACGUCCAACAUCCUUUCUUUGCUUGCGUGCUGUCGCCAACGAGGGAGCUCGCGAUUCAGAUUGCGGAGCAGUUUGAGGCGCUCGGGUCAGCUAUUGGCUUGCGUUGCUCCGUGCUUGUUGGAGGAGUGGAUCGGAUGCAGCAAGUGUUAUCCAUUGCAAAACGUCCACAUAUUGUGGUUGGAACUCCUGGCCGUCUUUUGGACCAUUUGACAGAUACAAAAGGUUUCAGCCUUAAGAAAAUCAAGUACUUGGUACUGGAUGAAGCUGAUAAAUUACUUAAUGUGGAGUUUGAGAAAGCCCUCGAUGACAUUCUAAAAGAGAUCCCUAAAGAGAGGAGAACUUUCCUUUUUUCAGCUACAAUGACCAAAAAGGUAAAUAAACUACAACGAGCUUGUCUCAGGAAUCCUGCUAAGGUUGAAGCAUCCUCCAAAUAUUCUACAGUAGACACGCUUAAACAAGAGUUUUAUUUUGUUCCUUCAGAUUACAAGGAUUGCUAUCUUGUUCAUGUUCUGAACGAGAGUGAGAUGCUAGAGAGCAUGAUCAUGAUCUUUGUGCGCACCUGUGAAUCUACAAUGCUCCUUGCUCUCAUGCUAAGGAAUCUUGGCUUUAAAGCUAUGUCUAUCAGUGGCCAAAUGAGUCAGGACAAGAGGUUAGGUGCUUUGAACAGGUUCAAAGCGAAAGAAUGCAAAAUCCUUGUUUGCACAGAUGUGGCAAGUCGUGGUCUUGACAUUCAAGGAGUCGAUAUAGUCAUCAAUUAUGAUAUUCCAAUGAACUCUAAGGAUUAUGUUCAUCGCGUGGGUAGGACUGCACGUGCAGGGCGAUCAGGAUAUGCUGUAUCUUUGGUGAAUCAGUAUGAAGCCCAGUGGUUUGUGCUGAUUGAGCAGCUCCUUGGCAAGAAAAUAGACCAGCGUACGGUAGACAAAGGUGAAGUCAUGAUACUUAAGGAGCGCAUAUCCGAUGCCAAGAGAAUGGCACUAACGAAAAUGAAGGAAUCUGGUGGCCGCAAGAACCGGAGAAAGGUGGGAGAUGAUGAGGAAGAGGUGGAGGACGAUUCUCAUUCUAAAAGAUCGAAGGCCUUCAAGAAACCAAGAAGACGAUGAAAGCAGUGGAGCUUGGCCUGAUGAUUUAGAAUCUGUGUGUACAGCUCCUCGAAAUGUUAGGUUAUGGGUGAGCUCUCUUUGUGGUUCAAUGCCAUCCCAGUGCAUUCACAGUGAUUCAUCUGACUAUUUAGGUCGAGUUCAGACGCUUAGUUCGGACUAUUUAUCAGGUUGACGCAAGAAUCAGCCAAUGUUGUCUUCACAAACCAUGUUAUGAAGGAAUCCGCUUCUAUUUA